CCUGGAGUAGAGGCGAAAGACCGAACGGUCCCUGGGAACGAGACUCCAUUUACAUAUUCGCCCCAAGGGUUUAAAGGCGUGUGUAGCAGCAAAGGUUAGUGUGGCAUACCGCAGCAGCCUGGCAGUGGACUACUUUAACGGCACCAUCAAUCUGUGCUCUCAGUCAUUUUAAAAUAACACCGCAACUCCUGAAACAGGAAAGAGAAGAAAGAAAAAAGUCUGAAAUAGUGAUGCCAACCAACAAGUAUUCAUCCGCCAUCAUGGCGGAGAGUGACAAGAUGACUGCCACGGCGGCUGUGAAUGGUGACACGGCUGUUGGAGAGGGACUGACACAGAACGACAGCGGUCUGGAGAUGACCAAUGAGAAAAGCCCGCUGACCGCAGCAGAGCCACCUUCACCUUUCAGUCCCAAAAUGAAUGGAGGCGCGGCCUCACCCGCAGAUGAGAGUGAGAACAGCAUGAGAAGAAAGAGAUCUCGUAAGCGCUCUGAAACAGAAGAAGACAGCGCCUGGGAUUCCUCAUAUAGUGAGGAAAAAGCCGACGUUGGGUCCGGUUGUGAGACGGGUUUGCGGCAAAGGCCUCGUCCGAGGACCAUCUUCCAGGCCGGACUGACGGGCCACAGCAAACCACGAAAUAGAGAGGGGGUGCAAAGCAAACAGGAGCUCAACAACCUGGUUCCUAAUGUUCCCGAAGGACCCGUUCUUGAGCUGAUGGAGCAAGACUCCAAAGACUCUGCACAAAGCAGUGCCACUUCAACGUCCACCGGUGAAACAGCAAGCCAACCUGAGUACAAGGAUAACAAAGGUUUUGGUAUCGGAGAGUUAGUCUGGGGCAAAAUCAAAGGUUUUUCCUGGUGGCCGGGUAUGGUGGUGACCUGGAGAGCGACAGGGAAGAGGCAGGCCUCUCAUGGCAUGCGCUGGCUACAGUGGUUUGGAGAUGGAAAAUUCUCAGAGGUAUCCGCUGACAAACUGGAUUCCAUCACAGCCUUCCCAAAGUUUUUCAACCAGUCAUCCUACACAAAACUCGCCUCCUACCGGAGAGCAAUAUUCCAGGCCCUGGAGGUGGCCAGCAUUCGCGCAGAGAAGACAUUCCCCCCAUCCGAGACGGAUAGUCUUGAAGAACAGGUAAAGCCCAUGCUGGACUGGGCUCACAGCGGCUUUCUGCCCAAAGGUCAGGAGGGCCUGAAACCCAGAGAGAACACAGCUGAGUACUGUGUUUUUCCCCUGGCCUCGGAGAGCUCGGCACUGCUGGACUCCAGCCCUCCAGAAUUCCCUCCCUCUGCCAAAAGAGCUCGACUCAGUAUCUGUAAGGCCAAAUCUGGCACUGAGGACGUCUACAGCAGAGAACAAAUGGUCAAUGAAGUUUUAAAGAAUAACAGAAGUAUAGAAGAGUUUUGCCUCUCUUGUGGAAAAACGAGAGUGGCAACCUUUCACCCCCUGUUUGAAGGAGGCCUUUGCCCAACAUGCAAGGAUGUUUAUUUAGAAAUCUCCUACAUGUACGAUGAUGACGGCUACCAGUCCUACUGCACCGUGUGCUGUGGCGGUAGAGAGGUGUUGCUUUGUGGAAACGCCAACUGCUGCAGGUGUUUUUGCGUGGAUUGUCUGGAUUUAUUAGUGGGUGCGGGGGCGGCCAACAGCGCCCGUGAUCUGGACCCGUGGCGCUGUUACAUGUGUCAGCCCCUGCAGCUGUACGGUGUACUGAAGAAACGCCACGACUGGAGCUUAAAACUACAGGAGUUUUUCGUAAAUGACAACGGACAGGAGUUUGAAAGUACCAAGAUUUACCCUGCGGUUCCAGCGGAGCAAAGACGUCCAAUUAGAGUUCUUUCGCUGUUUGAUGGCAUUGCCACAGGUUAUUUGGUGCUUCGAGACUUGGGCUUCAAGGUUGAUUUGUACAUUGCAUCAGAAGUAUGUGAAGACUCAAUUUCGGUGGGCGUCGUCCGGCAUGAAGGAAAAAUUCAAUAUGUGCAUGAUGUUCGCAACGUUACCAGAAAAAACAUUGCCGAGUGGGGACCCUUUGACUUGGUGAUUGGUGGAAGUCCCUGUAAUGAUCUUUCAAUUGUCAACCCAGCCAGGAAAGGUCUGUAUGAGGGGACCGGGCGGCUGUUUUUUGAGUUUUACCGCCUGUUGAGUGAAGCAAAGCCAAAGGAAGGGGAAGACCGACCUUUUUUCUGGAUGUUUGAGAACGUGGUCGCCAUGAGCGUCAACGAUAAGAGAGACAUCUCACGGUUCCUGGAGUGUAAUCCUGUGAUGAUCGAUGCCAUCGAGGUGUCAGCUGCUCACAGGGCUCGAUAUUUCUGGGGAAACCUUCCGGGAAUGAAGAGACCUCUGUGUGCCUCUGGGAUGGAUAAAUUAGAGCUUCAGGACUGUUUGGAACAUGGCCGUGUGGCAAAGUUCGGCAAAGUACGUACCAUCACAACACGGUCCAACUCCAUUAAGCAAGGCAAAGAUCAACAUUUCCCCGUUAUGAUGAAUGGCAAAGAGGACAUCCUGUGGUGCACAGAGCUAGAGAGGAUUUUUGGCUUUCCCGUCCAUUACACGGAUGUGUCCAACAUGGGACGUGGUGCCAGACAGAAGUUGCUGGGGCGGUCCUGGAGUGUACCUGUGAUCCGACACCUGUUUGCCCCACUCAAAGACUACUUUGCCUGUGAAUAGCAUCUGCAGUCCACGAUCAGUUAGUCUUAGGUCACACAGCAUUAUAUCAAACACAGUAACAAAGUACAAAACCAAAUGUCCUCAUUAAAACAACAAGGACCUCUUGGAGAUUUAGGAGAUUAUCUCCUAAAUUACAAAACGAUCUCAGUUUUGGAGAGAUGAGCUGAGAGGUUGGGUUGAGGUCGAAGUGGAGACUCCUGACCAUCAGACCAAACGGUAGUAGUUAGACACUGUGGUGUGAUGUUAAGAACAUCACUUAUUGAUAACAUGGUCAGUUUUCGUACUAGAUGUUGUACUUGACGUGUCAAGGUUUGAAGCUGUCAGUAAGGUUUGAUCUAUACACGUUUUACAGUUUUUAAAAGAUUUUACACAACGCCUUAUAAUAACAAGCCAAACGUAAAAAUGAAACAAAGCAAACUUCCACGGUAUCUUUUGAAGCUUAAGCUAAAGAAUGAGUGAUUUUUUUAUAUCAUGUGUAAUGUCAUUAUAGAUCAUGUAUGCUUGCAUGUGACACAUUUCCAUUGUAUUGAUGGUGUGAGAAAAUACUUGAAAUUUAGCAUUGCAAAUGUGCAAAUACAAAGCUGUGAGCCCUCAAAACAAUGCAUUAACGAAAUCUUUGCUCAAGGCAUGAUUUUACCAUGCCAGAUUGUUUUACUUUGAUUUGUUUGAUUAAAGGUAGAAAUCUCAUUUAUGACACUUAAAAUAUUGAAAUUUUCAUGAACAUUCCCCAGACAGUAUAGUGUUUGUAAGGUCGACAUUCGCACAAGAAAAAUAUAACAAGAAGGUGUUUUUAUGAGCAGGACUAUAGGGCAUUAGCCUGCGCUCAACUCAGAAUUUUCAGCUUGUUUUGUUUAGGAUAGAGAUCAUAAGUGUACUGUAUUUUUACCUUGAAAUUAAUGUUUACAAAUUUUAACACAUUUCAACUUCUUACGUUUUUUGAACUUUUUCAUACAGCAUACUUUAAAUUGUCAUUUUGUAGCUCGACCUCUGCGACGGAGGACUGGUUUAGCAAAAUGUUGACUCUUUAUGGUUCGCUCUCACAGAGAUGCUUUUUAAUUUCUUUGUUUUUAUAGUUAAAGUUGCUGCAGUUUUCUAAAACAUUGUAUCACUGAAUGAUUUGUGAUACCUAGCACUCUUGAUUCUUUAACGCAAAUGCCUCAUUUGUCAGAAACACUUGUGUGUGGUGCCUUUUGAAGAGAAAAGAUACAGCCUACCAUAUAAGGUUUAAUUGUAGGUUGCGAAGAAAUUUUUGACUUUUGUUGUUAUACUUAAUGCUGUAACCCAAACAGUUAAAUACGACUAAUAUAUAUGCUUAAGAAAAACUACUGUCCAAACUCAAAGCUUGACCAUUUUAGUAACUUUAAUACCACAUGAGACUUAUGAAUAUUAAACCUUUCAUUUUUUACUGUUUUCUUUUUCAUUUUAUACACCUUUAAAGUGUUUGUUAGACAGGCAUAAACAGCACAAAGACUGUCUUUUUCCUGUAUGCUUUUUUACUGUACAUUUUAAUAUCAUAGCCUUAAUAUUUUGCUUAGUAGAUUUUCCAAUUUGAUAUAAGAUGCUGUCAUUUUACUUAAUAUUUUACCUGCUUAUUCUGUACUUUUCAACCUUAACAAUACUUUUAUACAGUCGAUUUUAUAUUUUUUAUAUUUUUCUUUUAUAGUUUUUGUAUACAAAUUACUGUUCUCUUGGGACAGUAUAAAAAUAACCAAAAAUGUUAGUAUCUUGAGAAAAAAGCAAUAAAGACCAAGAAUCCAAAACUUUUGGACUGUGUGUUUCCUAAAAACCUAAUUGGUUGUUUUUUAUGUGAACUGUCUUACUAUAAAUUAAAUGUAGUGGGG